UGAAUGAAUCCAAAAUUGUCAGACGAGACAUUAUUAGCUUGACAUGCGAGUUCUUAGAAACAUGGUUGCAUCAAAUUCUGUAUCAACGAAAUGUGUAUCCUAGAUCCAUAUUUGAAACGCAAAAAAAGUUUGAAAUUCCUGUGCAUAUAGCUACCCAUCCUGACGUACAAGCAUAUAUCUCUAAUUUUGUACAAACCUGCUACCCACUCAUGGAAAAGGGUGAUAUUAAGUUUAUAUCACUCACGAUCAUAGAAAAUAAAGAGAGUGUCGAAAAGUUUGUUUUUGAAAUGAAUUCGUAUUUGAAGAGUACGGAGAUUCCUUUGGAUUUGAUGUUGGAGACAGAGUCAGUAUUAACAUUGGCAGACCUUGAACAGCACCUGCGUGCAUGUUUGAUCAAGGUCAAUACAUGCAAACCUCGAGUCAAACCAAAAGAAAUCACCUUUAACUUGUCCAUCGAAAAGAAUAGUGAUGGUUAUCCUAAUUCCAACCAAAAUAGUAUCGAAUGGAUGCCUGCUGAAAUAUCCUUUCAUUGGAAACAAAUCGUCCCUUUGAAAUCUGUGCCCAUGGAUUUGUUUCGUUUUAAUACUUUUAUAAUGGAAUCAUCAAAGAAGGGUAAAGAACGCUGUCCAUAAUGUAAUAUAUACAAGAGUCAAGAGAGGGAGGGAGGGGGGUAUA